AUGUGUCCGUUUGUCUCCACACAGUUCUCCUUCCAGAGCUGCAAGUUCCACAUCAAGCGGGAGAAGGAAGGGACGGGGCGAGUGGUGGCGUGGAGGUUGGGCGUAGCCAACAGUUACACGCUAGAGGCCACCUUCUGCGGUUCUACCAUCGGAAAUAAAAGCAAUAUCCAUUUCAACGUGGGAGAUCUGGAAGGUAUGGGCGCGCAGUUUUGCGACACACUGCUGGACUACUGUGACCCUGACGAAUCCAAGAGGAAAAAACAACUAAAAACCAAAAGAGAGAGAGGAAAUUCCUACUUGAUGAGGAAGGCCUUGGACAUGGAAAACAAACAGCAGCUUCCCCCAAAAGUCCAGCCUCCCAAGUCAGCGAUGCAGAUGGGAAGGCUACAGAGACAGGCUCCCCACUCCCCCUACCACAACGGCAGUGACCUGGACUCAGACCCCAACGCCAAGGUCCGAUGCAGAAGGAAUGAUGACUACGUUUCGGGCAGAGUCAGCGUGAAAGGUCACAACUUUACUGAGCUAAAGAUGCGGUCUGUCUGUGUGAAGUGA